AUUAUGCGAAUGUGAUAUUAGUUUAUAUAUUUUAACUACUCAAUAGUUUACCUUUACAAAAAAAAAGUUUAGUCAAGAUCAUUAUUUAUAAUAUAAACAAAGACUGGUCGUAAAAUAACGAGAAAAAAAUGGUUUCGGAAGCGUGGAAGUACUUUAAUAAAGUUGUGGUAAAUGAUAAGAAGUAUGGAGAUUGCAAAAAAUGUCAUAAAAGAAUCGCUUGUCCAGGAAGCAGCACAAACGGCCUUAUUGGACACGUCAAAAGUUGCGAGAAAAUAGAUUUGAAACCAUUCAGUUCCAGACCAGUUUUGACUAAGAUAUCAUUAAACGAUCUUCUUGCCAAGUUGACAGCUCUUGAUGGGUAUUCGAUUAGGUCCAUAACUCAAUCUGAAACACUAAGAAUGCUUUUUGAAAAUUACGGGCAUAGUUUGCCUAAGUCAGCGUCCGCAAUUUCAGAAAAAAUUAAGAUGUUUCAUGCUGAAGCCAAAUACUUAAUGAUCGCUGAAUUGGCUGCAUUGAAAGCAAAAGGAGAAAAAUUUGGACUAACAGGUGACGAAUGGUGUAGCAAUAGAGGUAGAAGAUACUACAAUUUAAAUGUUCAUCACGACAGAACGUAUUGUUUAGGAAUAAUGAGAUUGCCAUCUCCUAGUUCUGCUGAAACAUUAAACAUUUUGAUAAUGGAAAAAUUAAAAGAAUUUGGAAUAGAUAGUGAAGAUAUUGCAGGUAAAACUACGGAUGGCUGUAGUUGGAUGGUGAAAUUGGGUACCAUAUUUAAGUUUCCACAUCAAAUCUGCCAGAAUCAUUCAAUUCAUUUGAGUGUUUGUGAUUUGAUAUACGCUAAAAACGAUUGUCGCAAAAUUGUGAACAAAGAAACUGAAUCGAUUAUUGAAACAGAAACAGAAACUGAUGGAGAGUCUGAAGGAGAGUUUCUUAUUGAAUAUUCGGAGAAUGAGAUUGAGUAUGAAAAAAUAUCGAAAAAAAUCUACAGAAACUUCAAAUACUAAUUAAGUUUUUGAAAUAUUCAUCGUUUCGAUAUGAAGUUCUUAAAAGAAAAAUACACGAAAUAUACGGAUCUUCGCAUGACAAAGGACUGUUGUUCGACAACCGAACAAGAUGGAACAGUGUUUUUAAGAUGAUUAAAAGAUUUCUGGAUUGCUUAGAAGCUGUAAAAAAAACACUCGAAGAGCUAAACUGCUUAAACA